ACACAGAGAGGAAACAGCCCUCAUGAGAGGCGAGUGCCUGCAGCAGGUAGAGACUUAACCCGCACAGACAGAGACACGUAAAGGCGGGCAUUCACUCACAUCCUCGUAAAUAAUAGGCCUACUUUCAUUGAAAAACACGGUAUUAUGAGUGAAGGGAGUCUGGAGAUCAAAGAUGACUGGAUGAGGAAUUUCAGAUGGUGAGUAUAGCCUUUAUUUACUGACUUAAUCACGGCUUCGUGCGCUUCAUGACGGAAAGGUUGAACUACGUAGUAACAACACGCAACUUCAUUAAGUGCGGUCAUUAAGUUUAAUGCGAUUCGCUGCUUUUAAACACGGUUGCCUUUUCCGAUGCGAAAAUGACUCAGCAAGUUUAUGUAGCUUGAAUCUCGUUUUGCAUGUGUAAGCAAGUAGUGAUGGGCACGGCAGUUCUUUUAGAUGUACUGAACCACUUGAAUCAGUUUACUAAAAAGAUUCGUUCAAAAGAUUCGUUCACCGAAUCAUUCAGCGCUUCUCGGGAGGUGCCUGCGACUCUGACCUCCUGAACUGAUAGACAGCUGAACUGUUCAGAAUUCAUUUCAAUUCAUUGCUUCUGGGACCGUAAAACGAGAGUGUUUGGCUUUGUUGCUCUGGAAAACAGGUUUGUAAAAAUGAACUUGUAUAAAAGUCAUGAUGUUUCAGGUGUACUGUCCUUUGGUAUGCUAUUUAUCUGGUCUGCUCGGUAAAUUGGGCUCAGUGAGUCAUUCGUUACAUGCCCUGUCCCCCCGCAAACGGCUGCAAUGAUAGAAUGUUGCAGGGUUUUACGCACUACUUGUUACAUGCUGUGUCCUAUUGUAUGCAAGUGGCAAUUUAGCAGUAAAAAAAAAGUUGGUUUUGUCUGAUCAAAAUGAUCCCAGAGAGUGUAGUUCGAUGCGUGAUUCAUAUACAAAGUGAUUCAGGUGCCGGUGCGUGCGGUCCCUCAUUUUCCGGCUGCUCGCCUGGCAAUGCUGUGCCGCUUACAGCUCAACUGAAGUGAGAAAUGAACGAAUCACUUGAGGAAGUGAUUCGGUUCAGUACGUUCACUCAAAAGAUUCUAUUCUUUUGAACGAAUCGUUCGCGAACGACAAAACACUAUAAUCAAGUGAGAUGCACGUGUUUUUAAAUUUCCACUCAAGUUUACUGUUCUAUGAAAAAUUGGUUGAAAAAAACAGAAUAGCUUGAACCUUUUAGCAAUAUAUUUGAUGCAUUUUUACAUCAAAGCUGGUUAUUGAUUUCAGAGUCAUUAUUAUAAUUUUUGGUCAAACAGAAACCGCGUAAAAAAUAUACUGACAGGUAGGCUAUUAGCCUUUCAAUGUGGCGUAGGUAGUUCCAAAGGCAAAUUAUGUGUUGUUUCAAAUUUGUAUAUUUCGUUGCAUGAUCUUUGUAUGUUUCUGUCCGCAGCAUAGGGAGGUGGAGUAAGGGAUGGUGUGCCUCACUGACAAAGUGUCUUUUAUCUAAUCACGUACUGAAGCCACUGGUCUCCACCCUCUGCCUCGUGGUUGUGGUCAUAUAUGGAUUGGCUGACAGACUCAGAAACUUUGUGGCUGGCAUUUUAUUCGCCCAGUAUCGUUACCCGUAUGCUGUGGCUCUCUGCUUUACACAGGUUGGUGCUCUGCUGCCCGGCUUGUAUCUUCCAGAGGAUGAUUCACACCUUUAACCUGAAUUACUCAAUCUUAUCUGUAGAUAAAUGUAUAACUAGAAUUUGUGUGAACGUGUGUUAAUUCUGUAAGAGUCCACAUAAUGAAAACUGACUUAAAGGGAUAUUCCAGCAUAAAAUUAAUUCAGGGUCAAACACACUAACACUGAGUGAGACACCCCCUCAAGAGAUGAAUGUUGCUGACUCCUUGCUUCUGUAGUUAUACCAACUUUAGUAACGACCGCACGAUAGCAAUACACAGUGGUCUGAGGAGCCACGCACAAACCUCAACCAAAACGCCACUUUAUAGCCACAAAUAAUGCUCAGAACAGCACCUAACUUCAUCAACAGUAAAUAUAGGGUCAGCACUAGUGCCACAGCACUAGCCACCUAACAUCUUUUUAGCUUUGCCUGAUUUCUUUAACAGGGGCUAAACACAACUCACCCGCUCUCUUCCAGCAGCCGCUUGUUUGUAGGAAGACCUUGGGCCAGUCCAUUACAGACUACAGCGGGGUUACACAGCUCAAGGAAGAACAUUUAUGAUCAUUACUUUAUCAUUUCCUUGAAGUAAUAAUCAUCAUAUUAAUCAUUUUGCACUGCAGAUGCGGUAGUUCUUCUGCCUUAGCGUCUCGGUCUGAUUGCAGUCCAUAAUGGACUGGCCCGAGGUCUCGCUACAAACAAGCAGCUGCUGGAAGAGAGUAGGUGAGUUGUGUUUAGUCUAAUCAGGCAAUGCUAAAAAGAUGUUUGGUGGCUAGUGCUAUGGCUGGGACCCUAUAUGUAAUGUUGAUGAAGUUAGGUGCUGUUCUGAGCAUUAUUUGUGGCUAUAAUGCGGCGUUUUGGUUGAGGUUUAUAUGUGGCUCCUGGAAUAAUGAGGUAUCCACUUAAGCUGCAAUGUCAUGUGGCUUCAUGUUGACUCAGCAAAAAUUAAAGAAAACUCUGCACUUCAUCCCAAAUGCUUGUGCCAAAUAAACCUUUUUGUUUUUAAAACUUUUAGUACUUUUGUAGUAUGCUGCUUGGUGCUGACAUAAUGCAUUACUACUCAUAUGGUGUCAGUGUGAAACAGAAAGUUGAAAAAACAGGCACUUUCUUAUUGAUUUUUGUUAACCAUUAAGUUAACACCAUACCAAUAUAAUGACGUGUUGCCUCCAGGCUGCUGUAACUGUGUCAGAGUUUUCCAUGUCCAUGUGUGCUACUUUGAAUAGCAUAUCAUGUGGAGCCACAAUAGCAGAAGGGACUCAGUAUUGUUGAAUACUUCUCCAUAUGUUUAACUAAAUGAUUGACAAAAGGAUCAACGUGUAGAUGUCGUCCUGUCCAAAGGUUGGAACUAGCUAAUUACUGAGCUUCAUGAAUGAUAGUCAUGUGAUUGUGCUUUUUGAUCUUGAGUGUUUUAGAUGUGGUUUAAAUAAAGUAAAAUAUAUAGGGUACACAAGUUCUCACAAAUUAAGUCUAUAAAUCUUUUAUUCUGAUGAAGAAAUCCUCCAUAAGAUUUACCCAUCCAGGCAACCCCAAUGAUUUACAAGUUCUGAGGUUACAACAGGGAGUGGCUGUAGAGACUGACUGGCGUUAAGGUGCAGGGAUCCACGUGGCAGUUCAGUUCAAAUUACUUUAUUUAUCCCAAGAGGGGUAUUUACUGUGGUGGGUGUCAUCCACCACAGUAAAUACCCCCACAUCCUGGAUCUUAGUCCACUUAGGUGUUAGAUAGUGAUAAUUAUGGUAUUUUAAAGGGGAAAAAUGCUCUUUUUCCCUCAAAGUGCUUUCAAAUCUCAGAAAAAAAGGCCAAAUAUUUUUAAAAAGUAAUGGAGAAACAUUUGUUUAAGUUCCCGUAUUUUCUAUAAAACUCUAACUCCUGUUUUACUCUAUUCUGUGUAGGUUCUGGUCUCUCUCCUGGUAUUAAAUCUCUUCCACGUUCUGAAUCUGGUGCCUCUGAAGCGUUACUCACGGUCCCUGGGCGAGAGGGUUUUGGUGCCCGCUAUCUGUAGCAGCAUCUACGCCGUGCUGGCUACAUGGGCGAAAGCUAGCAGCACAUACGAUGGCCUCUUCACCAUCUCUCUGCCUCUGCUGCCCAUACUAACUGUUGGCUUUAGUUUCUGCCAAAAGCUGGUUCCUCCUCCAGCUCUCCAUUACUUUGUUCUGAGUACCCUCCUGUGUGGAGCAUCUUUUACCAUCCAAGGUAAUAAAGAGAUAAUAAAUAAAUAAAAGGAUAUUUGCUGAAGGUGUAAUUGAAGAUUCUUCCAUUCAGAGUUAACCAUUAAAUCAUCAACUUCCUCUCUCUCUCUGCAGCCUCAUGGGGUGUAGCAGGUGUUACACCUCUGGAGUACAUCUAUAUACCUCUGGCUUUACUCCUCUACAGUCUGUCUCUCACUUGGCUGGCUAAAGUUUUAGAAACUGAACGUCACAUACCUCCUGAUUCCCAAGCAUCAGUGUUUGACAUCUACUACGCCCAGCUGGUGAACCAGUUUUGGGUGCUGGGCCUCCUGUGGCUGCUGCACCCGCACAGUCCCUGGCAUGUGUUGAGUAAGAGCAGCUGGCACAGUUUGCUCUUCCAUGGAUACCUGCUCGCUGUUCAGUUGCUGGGGAUGGUGCUAAACUUCUUGGAUGGUGUUACAGCUCUGUGCCUGUCACCACUCGCUGCUGCUCUGCUCCACUCAGCCAGGCAGGUGGUACGGCCGUACCUUCAGCUUUUGUAGUAUCGCUUGGAAGGACUAAGAAAAACGCAGUCUCUUUUGUUUUUACUGUUUAUGUGCAACUUAAACACAUUUAUUCAUUUGAUUCUGUGGGAAAAAAUGUGUUUAACUCCUUGUUCACAUGACCUCUGCUACUGGGAUUCUUUCCCUACUGUGAUAACACAAACAGAGUUAGUUCAGAGGGGAAGUUACAGUAUUAACUAUUACUAUGACAACGCCAAUGAUUUACCCUGUGGUCCAGAAGUGGAACAAAAGCCAGAUUUUUUUGUUUCAUUUAAUUUAUUUCCAUAACUUGUAUAUUUAUUAUUAUCAGAAAACAAGACUCUUUCUAAAUUUUGAUCGACGAGUUUUUUAACAGCCAGGGUAUUUUAUACAAAUAAUGCUGCUUUUACCAAACUUUAACAAGAUUAUGAAUGCACUGUUGUUUAUACUUUUAGAUAAUGUCAGCAUCUUUUGAUAUUUAUGACGAGGUGUGGGUUGUCUGCACUGAAGACGGACCAUUCAGCCCACCUAAUGGCUCUCAGUUUUAUAAACAUUUGAGCUCAGGCCAUUGUCUGAAUUAAUGUAAACCAUAGGUUGUGGAAGUUGCUCUUGAAUGACUCUGGCUGCUUAAGUUAGACAGAUGAGGAGGGCUCUUCAUGAGAGGUAGAGGUAGAUGAUACUGAUAUGAUUCUUUAAGUUAUUUUAUGCCUUAAUUUAAGAGUACGUGCUUACUUUUAUUUAAUUACCUCUCUUGAUACAUAUAGACGUGCAAUUUAUCUAACGAUAGAAGUAAACAUUUAUUUAUUGACUCUCUGAAACAGAAAUGGAUAGAAACAGGAGAAACUAGGUAAAAAUAAUGCUAAAAAGGGAAUAUAUGCUUUAAAAAAAUAGAUUUUCACCAGAAUCAGUUUAUUGGAAAAAUAUUUAUUCAACUGGUUUAAAUGCACAAAAAGCAGCAUGGAUUAAAACAUCUGUCCGUCAUAAUUUGCUGUUAUUUUAAAUCAAACACUAGACUCAAUGGGAAACUACUUCUUAUAUUAUCAAUUCUGCAUUAUGGCCCUUAUUUAUUCUUUACAUUAUUCACUUAGUUAUUUCAGAUUGCGAGGAACUUGGUUUGCAGGAUUGAGGACAAGAUUCAUGACCACACAGACUUCAAAAACAAACAGUAUUAACACAGAAACCCUAAAGGUUAGAUUUUUCUACACUGCCAUAAAGCUGUUCCAGGUAAAGUCCUGUCAAUUUUGUGUCAUUUUAAUUAACUUUAUUUUAAGCUCAUCUUGUCAUUGACAGUAAUGGACAUGAAGUGCAGAUGACAUUUUUUGUCCAGAAAAACUGAAUGUACUAAAGACCAGUAUUGUUCAAAUAAAAAUGCUCUGUGACUCUUGAA